GGCCGGAAGUGCUCGGGAGUGUCUCGGCCACUGACCACCUGGCAUCAUGGUGGCGCCUGUGCUGGAGGUGUCUCAUGUGUUUUGCUGCCCGAACCGGGUUCGAGGCGCUUUGAGUUGGAAUCCAGGGUCUGGAGGACUCCUGGCCUUCGGCACAUCCUGCUCCGUGGUUCUCUAUGACCCUCAGAAAAAGGUAGUUGUUACCAAUCUGAAUGGUCACAGUGCUCGAGUCAAUUGCCUGCAGUGGAUACGUAGACAGGAUGGCUCCCUUUCCACUGAAUUGGUGUCUGGAGGAUCUGACAAUCGACUGAUUUACUGGGAACUCGAGAAUAAUCAGGUUUUAAAAGCAGUCCGUCUCCAGGGCCAUGAAGGACCUGUUUAUGCUGUGCACGCUAUUUACCAGAGUGAGCCAUCCGAUGACGUGCUGCAUACCCUGAUAGCUUCUGCAGCGUCAGAUUCCACAGUUCGACUCUGGUCUAAAAAGGGGUCGGAAGUAAAAUAUCUUCAGACCUUGAACUUCGGGGAUGGAUUUGUUCUGGCUGUCUGCCUGUCUUUUUUGCCUGGUACUGAUGUACCAAUAUUAGCAUGUGGUGAUGAUGACUGCAAAAUUCACUUAUUUGUUCAACAGGAUGACCAGUUUCAGAAAGUGCUCUGCCUGUGCGGACAUGAAGACUGGAUAAGAGGCGUGGAAUGGGCAACCUUUGGUAGAGACCUUUUCCUAGCAAGCUGUUCCCAGGAUGGCCUAAUAAGAAUAUGGAGACUGUAUAUGAAGCCAGCCUCGUCAGAAGAUGAGGAUGAUAGCAUAAGACUGAAGGAAAAUACUUUCACUCUAGAAGAUGAAGGUGUUAGCACAACAGUUGCGGUUACCCUGGAGACCUUGCUGGCUGGACACGAGAACUGGGUAAAUGCAGUUCAUUGGCAGCCUCCCUUCUACAAAGAUGGCGUUCUGCAGCAGCCAGUGAGAUUGCUGUCUGCCUCCAUGGACAAAACCAUGAUUCUCUGGGCUCCUGAUGAAGAGUCAGGGGUUUGGUUAGAGCAGGUCCGAGUAGGCGAAGUAGGUGGAAAUACCCUUGGGUUUUAUGAUUGCCAGUUUGGUGAGAAUGGCUCCAUGAUCAUCGCUCAAGCGUUCCACGGCGCGCUGCACCUUUGGAAGCAGAGUACAGUAAACCCAAGACAGUGGACUCCAGGGAUUGUCAUUUCAGGACACUUUGAUGGUGUCCAAGACCUGAUAUGGGAUCCAGAGGGAGAGUUCAUCAUCACCACCAGUACUGAUCAGACAACUCGCCUGUUUGCUCCGUGGAAGAAGAAGGGCCGAUCACAGGUGACUUGGCAUGAGAUUGCAAGGCCUCAGAUACAUGGCUAUAACCUGAAAUGUUUGGCGAUGAUUGAUCGGUUUCAGUUUGUGUCUGGAGCAGAUGAAAAAGUUCUUCGUGUUUUUUCUGCUCCUCGGAAUUUUGUGGAAAAUUUCAGUAUCGUUUCAGGGCAGUCACUGAGUCACAUUUGUGAUGAAGACCAUGAUCUUCCAGAGGGAGCCACUGUUCCUGCAUUGGGGCUAUCAAAUAAAGCUAUCUUUCAGGGAGACAUGACUGCUCAGUGUUCUGAGGAGGAGGAGCUCUUAACUAGCCCUGCCUUUGGGUACCCCCAGGUGAUGUUUCAGCCUGCCAUCCUUAAUGAACCUCCAACUGAGGAUCAUCUUCUGCAGAACACAUUGUGGCCUGAAAUUCAGAAACUGUAUGGACAUGGCUAUGAGAUAUUUUCUGUUACUUGUAACAAUUCGAAGACUCUACUUGCCUCUGCUUGCAAGGCGGCUCAGAAGGAGCAUGCAGCUAUCAUCCUCUGGAGCACAACAUCUUGGAAACAAGUGCAGAGUCUUGCUUUCCACACUCUGACUGUCACACAGAUGGCCUUCUCGCCUGACGACAAGUUCUUACUGGCUGUUUCCAGAGAUCGAACCUGGUCUUUGUGGAAGAAACAGAAUGCGACCUCACCCGAGUUUGACCCAUUUUUCAGUCUCUUUGCCUUCACCAACAACGUCACUUCUGUGCACAGUAGAAUCAUUUGGUCUUGUGACUGGAGUCCUGAUAGCAAGUAUUUCUUCACUGGAAGUCGAGACAAAAAGGUGGUCGUCUGGGGCGAGUGUAGCGCCAGCCAUAACCCCAUGGAGCACAGCAUUGGCCCCUGCUCCUCGGUUCUGGAUGUGGGCAGUUCUGUGACAGCUGUCAGUGUGUGCCCGGUGCUGAGCCCGGCCCAAAGAUACAUGGUUGCAAUCGGAUUAGAGAGUGGGAAGAUUUGUAUAUACUCCUGGAACAAGACCAAUCAAGAAAUCAAUGACUGGACCUGCUGUGUAGAAACAAAUCGAAGCCAAAGUCACGCACUUGGUAUCAGAAGGAUAUCUUGGAAGAACUGCAGUGGCAGCACUAAGCAGAGUGAAGAGGGCACUGAGUGGUUGCACUUUGCAAGCUGUGGUGAAGAUCACACCGUGAAGAUUUAUAGGGUUAACAGAUGUGCACUGUGACAGACUUGACCACACCCUCCUGUCCUGAGGUGUCUUAGAAUGUUUGUUAUGUAAAUUGAUGGCCUUUCUUUACCUUCUAAUUGAAUGAGUUUCCCUAGCUGAGUCUCAGUCCUUUUACUGUCUGGUAAAGUCCAU